AUGUCCACGAAAGCUGACAGUGGAAGAUCCUACCACCUGCAGUGCACAGGCGUAGCGAAGGAGACCGCCGAGGCACACAGUGCUCCCAAAGACAUCACACUCUUCGGUAGCUGCUUCUGUCCCUUCGUCCAACGCGUCUGGGUCGCGUUUGAGUAUCUUGGAAUUGAUUAUAAGGUAUAUGAAGUCGAUCCGUAUAAGAAACCGGCCGAUCUCCUCGAGGUGUCCCCAAAGGGUCUCGUACCAGGUUUGAGACUGGAGAACUACAAUCCUCCACGAGCCGUGAAUGAGAGCACGGUGAUACUGGAGUUUUUGGAGGAUGUUGCAGCAUCCAAGACGAAACAAAGCCUACUCCCCCCUAUAACCGAGCCAUACGCGCGGGCUCUCAUACGUCUACAAGCUGAUCAUGUCGAUCGCACACUGAUUCCCGCCUUCUAUCGCUACGUCCAAGCGCAAGACGAAGAAAAACAGAUCCAAGGUGCAAGAGACUUUGUGGAGGCCAUCAAUGGCCUCAUCAAGCUCUUCCAACGGGCUGAGAAAGAGAGCGAAUCAAACUUCGGUUUAUGGCGAGAGGGCGGCACCCUCAGCCUAGCUGAUGUCAUGGCCGGGCCCUGGCUCUUCCGCUCUACCAACGUCCUCGUCCACUAUCGCGGAUUCGCAGUACCCGAGGGGCCACAAUUCCGAACUUACCUCGAUCGCCUCUUGAACUACCCUGCUUUUAAGCGGACGUGUAGUACGGAAGAUUUAUACAUUGAUAGCUACGAACGAUAUGCGCACAACCGCCCCAAUACGAGCCAGGUUGCGAACGCGAUCAAUGCCGGCACUGCGCUACCGUGA